AUGGACUUCGGGGACAUGAUGAGGGAAAGAAAGCUCUAAUUGUUUGGUGAUUCCCACGUACGUGUGGGUUUGUGCUGCUGCUGCUGCUGGUAGAGUGAGGUGGUCGUCGCCAGGCCCCCACCACUGUCCUCUGCCCCCACUCCCUCCUUUACCGCCUCUGUGUGCUCGGGGGCGGUCCGGCGGAGGUGGGCGCGGGACCCACCCGUGCAGAAAAUAGACCCCAACUAUUGUGGGUCCCAUCAGUUCCUCCGGCUCCCUCUCUCUCUCUCUCUCUCUCUCUCUCCCUAAAGCUAAUACUGUUGCCCUGUGGAUUACUGUCCCCGUCAUCUUCGGUCUCUGCAAGAGAAGAGGGCAGAUCUGUUGGGUCUGCUUGUUGGAUGUUUUAGAAUCAGAGUCACACAUCCUCAUACAUACAGAGAGAGAGAGAGAGAGAGAGAGGCCCUCCCCCCCUCGCGGAACGAGUUGCUGCUGCGGUCUGAAAUUCUACUGCUCUCGCGUCUCAUCCGCUGCUGCGACUACACCAUUCCUAUUCCUCCAUUACACGCCUACCAUUGAAGUGUCAAGGAGGGAGGAUACUUGAGCAUAUGAUCGCACUUUGAUGAUUGGCUUGGGGAUAUUAUUCUUGUGGAUGGUGUUUAUAUGCUCCUGAAAUGCCUGAUGGGCUCGUUGAGCUUCCUGGGUUUUUGAAGAUGGUCUUUCUUAUUGAGCAUGAAUCAUCUACCACAAGAGAUACACGAUUAAAGCACUUUGUCACUUGUUCAGCAGGAACAAAAUGUUGAAAUGUCAGUGCUGUUAAGAUUGAGUUGUUAUUGCAACUUGGAGUUGGUCAUUUGAGUAAUCACUCCCUACUCAAAACACUCAUUUGAGAAACCAUGAAAGGGAAUGAUUUAAAACCAUGCAACAAAGUGGAUAAAAUGAAAUACUGCUCCCAGGAGAAGCUAGAUGUUCUGGAGAAGGCACUGAGUUUACCUGAUUGUUGUGGAAAUUUUACUGAUUCAAAUAAUGAAGUUGAGAAGCAAGAACAUAAACCUGACCAUGCAAUCAACCAUUGUGGGUCUGAAACAUUGCCCAGAAUGGAGAGGAAAUGUGUAAGUUAUGAUCAAGUUUCUAAUGUUUUCAGCCAUGGAUGUGAAAAUAGUUUGAAACCACAAUCUUCAGUUGCUUCAACAUCAAGAAUUUCAGUAGUUGAUGUUGGAACAUGCAAAGAAGGUCGUGUUGUAGCAAAUUCCAAGGCAGUGUGUGGUAGUGUUGUUAUUGCAUCUUCAACUGGUCAGACUAAUCUUUCUAUUGACAACAAUCCUAGGGAUGGUGAUUUGUCAAUGCACUCUUCUGGAACGAUUGAAUUGACACAGAAUAUUUCCUUCAGGAGUGAUGUAAGCAUGGAAACUGGACAAGCUCUAAACAAAGAGUUCAAUGAGUUUGAUGUUGGAGGAACUAAGGGAUGCUGUCUGAAUCCUGGCGAACAUGGCUUAAAGACAGUAGCACGGGAAACUUUUCCAGAUAAGCAACAUAAAACAGAGUCCUCCUCUUCUAAUUCAAUACCUGUCAUUUUUCCAGCUUCUUCAAAUGAUAGCUGUCAGGAUGCAUCAGUAGAUGGCAAGUCAGGCAAGGUCGGUAACAGUGGCAUGAACAGUGAUAUCUCUACUGGCAUCAGCUGCAACCUGGACGAGCCUGUGGUCAAAAGUAUAUUGUUUCAUGCAUCAGCACAAACAAAACCCAAGGCUGUGCCAGAAACGUCAGUAUUCCUCCCUGUGAUAAAAGGCAAUGUGGGUGAAGCCUUUGAAACGGUUGACAAUCUCAGAACUGGAGAUGUUGAAAAUGUUCUUUGGAAAAUUGCAGGCCUGAAUUCUGGUACGAUGGAGAAGGUUGUUGUUCCCAAAUCCAGUCUGCUAGAGAAGAAAAAUGCAGAAUAUAUGGAUCAGGAUAAAGUGGGGCGUUCCUGUGAACUGGCUAAUAGUUUGGAAGUGGCUUGGAAAGUUGCAAGGGAAGGAAAACAGCAGCUUGAUAGCUAUAGAGAGACAUCUGGAAGCUCCUUUUCUAUAGGAGAGAAAAAUGAUGGGACACUUCAUCCACGUUCUGUCGUUUCUGCAGAUCUGAAUAAGGACUGCUUUGCAGAAACUGGACGCAGAAUCAAGCUGUGCAAUGAACAUUUAUGCUUGGAGGUAAGGGGUCCUUCACCGAAAACUGAAGUGCAAGUGCAGCGUGAAGCUAUUGAUGUUCAUGGGUGGGAAUCAUCUAACUCAUCUGCAAAAUCUGAAGUACGUGCUGCCACCGACCAGACUCGACAUUUCCAUGGAUUUGAUUUGAACAAAGACAUCCCAGCAAAUGAAGUAGAAUAUCCUAAGCAGUCAAUGAAUGGAACUGUAUCACCUCAUCUAGAAAACCCAUCAAUGCCUAUAAUUGUCGUGGCUAAAUCUGGGGUUCCCAUGUCGUGGCCAAUAACUCCAUUACAGUUUGAAGGAGAAUUGGGUUGGAGGGGAUCUGCUGCAACCAGUGCUUUUCGACCAACUCUUUCCAAGAGUUCAAGUAAAUCUAAACCAUUUUCUACCAGUGAUGGUAACUGCUGCUCAAAACAUUCACGAUGUUUUAAGGGGAUUGACCUCAAUGUUGCUGCUGCAGGAGAUGAUGCUUCUGUGCAAUUAUUCCCAAGGAAAUCUCCCCUGGUACCUUCAGGUUUCUCUUCUGAAGAAUCUGUAAAUGUUACUUCAAAACAAGCAGAACAGCUUAAGCUUGACCUGAACUGUCUUAGUGAAAAUGAUAACUGUCUCCAGUCUUCCCAACAAACAUCAUUAUCAAAGCAGUCCAUUGGGGAUUUUGAUUUGAAUGAUAAUCCAUCCAAUUGGGAUGUGAGCAGUGAUGUUUGGCAUCCUGGUCAAGGCACUUGGAAAUAUAGAAACAAGCGAUCAGAUUGUGCUUCUGGUUCUUCUGCAAUAAAUGCAAAGCGGUUAGAUUUGAAUAGUGUAGGAUCAACUUAUUGGGCUGAUUUGAGCUCUAUGCAGGGCUUCGGCCAUGGUCAUGUGCAACAAUUUCUGGUGGCAGCACCUAAUGUGCCACCCCAGGUUGAACAAAUGAGGGGGGUCAUUCCAUUACAGCCCAAAUUAAACUAUACACCAUCACAGCCUCAUCCUUACCCCUAUGGUAAUGGAGUCUGUCUUGACCCUGCUGACCCCCUAUCCUCCCCCUUUUGUACUACAGGUGCUCUACCAUGCAUUACAGACCCAUGGGGAACUGCUUUCCUCUCUCAAACAUCAACAUCUGGUACUCUCUCCAGCUUCCCUGGAGCCUCACCUAUCAUAGAAAUUGUUGGCAGACCACGACCCAGUGAUGUUGCAGUUGUAAGGCCAAGAUUUGAUCUAAAUGGUGGAUUAACUUUGCCACAGAAUGGAAACAGGGAAGGAAAUGGCAGACAAGUGUUGAUCCCUGUGACUAAUACAUCAAUGCAAGGGCAAAUUAAGUCUUUCCAACAAGCUGCUUUAUCUGCUAUGCCAAUGAAGAGGAGGGAACCAGAGAGUGGAUGGGACUCGCACCAGCUUUGGCUAUAGACACGUGAGUUCGUGGCGCUAGAUCUCCCCCUUUUUGUUUUUUUCAAUUCCCAAAACAUCUUCUGCCCAAAGCAAUGUAAUUGAAUUAAACAUAUAAUUUGCUGCUAUACUUUAAUUUUUGAUUCUAAGGAACUUGCAUAGAAUCAGGCAGCUUUGGCUUCCCCAGACAUUCUCUUAUAGUAGCCUGCUUAGGCCAAUAUUGCUCCUAAUUUUCAUUCUACGCAGGCAAAUUUUCAUCA